AUGCGCGUCUUUCUGCUGUUGCUUUUAAUUCUUGUCAGUGGGUUGCUGUCGAGCGGCGUGGCGGAGGCCCUGCACCGUGUUCCGCUGAGGCGCCACAGCAAUUUAGCUGAGGCAUUCCAUUACGGUAACUUGCAGCCGCUUUCUCGCACAUUCCGUGGUGACCAUGACGAUGUCGUUAUUAACGACUUCCUCGGAAUGCAGUUCUAUGGCCCCAUUCGGCUGGGCACCCCUCCGCGUGAGUUUCAGGUGAUUUUCGACACCGGCAGCAGUAAUCUGUGGGUUCCCACUCAGGAGACGCAUUUGUGCGUGGUGAAGAGGUGCUAUAAUCCUAAAGAAAGUUCUUCCACAACUCCAGACGGUCGCGAGUUCCACAUCAAGUAUGGUAGUGGCUCUGUUAAGGGAGUUUUAGUUGAGGAUAAAAUUCAAUUUGCGUCCUUCACAGCAAACCAAACAUUUGCUGAGGUGUCCGAUGUUUCGGGGUUGGGCAAGAUGUACGUCUUUGCUAGGUGGGAUGGCAUCAUGGGGAUGGCGUGGCCCGUCCUUGCGGUUGAUAACGUCAAGCCACCGAUUUUUUCGCUGACAGAGGAGGACAAGAACCUGGCGAACCAGUUUGCGUUUUAUCUUCCUAAGAAAUCGAGUGAGAAGGGUCAGCUCCUGCUUGGUGGGUACGAUAACGACCACUUCACGGGCAAGCUCGUUACCGUACCGCUGACAACAAAGAUAUACUGGACGGUCAACAUUACCUCAUCGAGUAUUGGGAGUGCUGUGCUCAGCGACACGGUGACGGCCAUCGUCGAUUCGGGGACUUCACUCAUUGUGGUUCCCAGAAAAAGUUUCGAUAAGAUUGUUGUAUCCACAGGUGCUAAAAAGAACAACGGGGGGCUAUACACUGUGGACUGCGAAAAAGUGUCUGUCCUGCCGAAUAUCGAGCUGGAAAUUGGUGGUACCAAAUGGGUAUUCCAGGGCAAGGACUAUAUCAUCAACUUCUUGAGUAUGACAUGCAUACUAGGAAUGAUCCCAAUAGACGCUAAUCUCAUAACUGGAGAGUCUUGGAUUCUAGGGGAUGUUUUUCUUAUGCACGUUUACACCGUUUUCGACGCAGACAACGCCACUCUCAGUUUUGCCUAUGCAAAAUAGCCCGACCAAAAGCUAUGUCGAGAACUCCGAAGAGGGAUGUGUGACGAAGGACGCAUGCUAUGCGCAAAGCACUCACUGUGUCUUUCAUUCUGGAUUUAGCCGAAGCUUCGCCACCAUCUGAUAAACGCCUGUAAGGAGGGACGUGAUGCUAAUUAUUUUUAUUUUAUUUAUGAUUAUUUUAUCUAUACAAGCCGCAGAAAUAUACACAUAUGUUUAUAUAUUUAUUUUCCACCUUAAAAAAUGGGAAAGGGAAAACCACCUAUGCGGGGAAAAUAUACUGCCAAUGAUUCUGGUAGAAAUGAUAUGCGAGUAUUGGAGAAAGGAAAAUAAUAGUAUUAGGAUUGCUAAUUCAAAGCCUUUACUUCUACUAGUAGAAAAUUUUGUAUUUAUAGAAUGAUCGACUCUAUACCCAUGAAUGUGUAA